AUUCUGGUGACAGGUGGACGAAAUAACUAUUUAGUACUUUGAGUUAAAGGUCAACCGGACGUUUGACGCGACAGGGUGUGGAAUUACGUCCUCAAAGCAUCAACAGACCGUGAAGAAACUCUUUGCUGUGCGAUAAUCCAGUGAUUGUCAAGAGUCAAAGACAGGUCAUGGAAAAUUUGAAAAUCAUUUAAUCAGAACAUCAGUUUUUUAUCGUUUUUGAUUGUCGAGUUAUUGGAAUAAUGUUUUGUUACUCCAAUAAUUAUUCGUGAUGUUUAUUGAUAUUUGUUGUGAUAGAUAUCAACAGGAAGUGUGGUAUAAUGAGACCUUUGUGAUUAAUAAUUAUUCAAGUGAUACAAAUGUAUCCUCAAUGUGCAGUCGGUGAGAGGAUCAAAACAUUGACUAUGUGAUAAAAGACUCUUAUUUUUUAGUGCCGAAAGCUUGAAACAUUCAAUUUACUGGUGAUUUUCUCGCUAUAAAUUUCAAGACAGCGAAAAUAAAAAAAAAAUAAAUAAGAAAAAGUAUAAGACAAGUGAAGAUUUAAAGUUUAAAUUAUUUAGUUUAUUUGGUGAGAAAUAAAAAUAAUAAUCAGAAAUAAAGGCUGAAGUGAGUGAAGUAAUGAAAGAAGAAAAAUAAAAAGAUUAAAAUAAACAGGUGCAGGAAUUCGCGACUGGCGCCAAGGUGGUCGCUCAUAGGAAAAGUAAAAGAGUAGAAAGAAGUCGAGCAAGAGAACGACAAGAAAAACCGCGAGAUAAAGAGAAAUAAAGAACUGAUAGUAUAUCCCGUUUGUGAAACGACCUGGAGUUCGAACAACUCAAGCGAAACGUGUCGCAAUCCAAUGAAUUCAAGUCGCCGUGAAGAUUAUUUUUAAACACUGUCUCCCGACCCAUUUCGUUUUUAUUUCUGUAUUCUGAACGAGAACGCGACAAACUUAAUAUAUGAACAGCAUUGGGAAUUAUUCUUUAGCAUGUGUCAAAAAAAUACAUUGAAUGUGAAUUAACAAUUUAUAACAAAUAAUUUACCCAACAAUGCUGUGUGGUUCAUUUAGAAAGAAAAAACAAUCUGAAGAUGGAUAUAAACUAGUUAGAUCCAACGUUAAGCCGCAAAUUGUAUCUGGAUGUGAAAAUUUUCAAAUUACCAUCAAAGGUCCAACGAAAAGUUCUAAAUCAUUAUUUCUGCAUUUUUCACACACGGGUUUGGACAAUGUAAGCUCAGCAACUUUGAGGCCCUUUAAUUCAGACAUCAAUACACCGAGAAUUGAUAGCUACCGGUUUUCAAUGGCGAAUCUCGAAGAUUCUCAAGAUGUCGACCUGGACGCGAUCCUCGGAGAACUAUGCGCUUUGGAGAGACGAUGUGAUGGGGACAUUGCUUCCACUCCGGCGCCAGAUACGCAACGAACUGGAAGACCUAACAGUGGAAGAAUUAAUACUGGAGACAACACAGACAUUGGAAAAACUGAUGGAGGGAUGCGCACCGAUAGUCCCGAUAACGAUAGUGCCUUCUCGGACACGGUGUCGAUGUUGUCGAGCGAAAGCUCAGCAAGUAGCAGUGGUUCUGGACAUAAACCACCUCAGACCGCCAUGCACACGGUUCCUCAACAACAAUCACAUCAGCUGAUGGAUGCUGCCAGUAGAGCUAAAGCUGAAAAAAUACGGCUGGCAUUAGAGAAAAUGCGGGAAGCCAGUGUUCAAAAACUUUUUAUCAAAGCUUUUACACUGGAUGGAAGUGGAAAAAGUCUUCUUGUCGACGAAGGAAUGAGUGUGGCUCAUGUUUGUAGAUUAUUAGCUGAUAAGAACCACGUAGCGAUGGAUCCAAAGUGGGCUGUCGUUGAGCAUCUGCCUGAGCUUUUUAUGGAGAGGGUAUACGAGGAUCAUGAGUUGUUGGUUGAGAAUCUACUAUUGUGGACAAGAGAUUCGAAGAAUAAAUUGUUGUUUGUUGAGAGACCAGACAAAAAUCAACUUUUCCUAUCACCCGAGAAGUACCUACUUGGUCAAUCAGACCGAAAUACAGGCGAGUACGACGACCAUUCGAGGAACAUCUUGCUUGAGGAGUUCUUUUCCAGCAGCAAUGUUGGAGUACCCGAGGUCGAGGGUCCACUAUACUUGAAGUCAGACGGUAAAAAAGGCUGGAAGAAGUACCACUUUAUUCUACGUGCUUCCGGUCUUUACUACUGGCCUAAAGAAAAAGCGAGAACUGCUAGGGAUCUUGUAUGCUUAGCGACAUUAGAUGUAAAUCAAGUGUACUACGGUGUUGGUUGGAAGAAAAAAUAUAAAGCACCGACAGAUUUUUGUUUUGCUGUCAAGCAUCCGCGGCUUCAGCAGCCCAAGUCAACCAAGUACAUUAAAUUUUUGUGUGCUGAGGAUAAUGCCUCGUUGGAGCGAUGGAUGGUCGGUAUACGUGUAGCCAAAUACGGAAGACAGCUGAUGGAAAACUACAGGACACUAGUAGAUGAACUUGCGCAAGAGGACUUGGAUAUUCUGGCACACGCUAGGUCCUGCUCUGUCAGUUCAAUCGCUGUUCCACCAAGUAGUCAGACCCAGUACAAUACUACCAAUGAUAACGCUCGACAAUUCACGGAAAUGAACAGGCACAAUGGUACUGACAACGCUCGACAGUAUGAUAAUCAACGGCAGAGUUACAACUCUGAACAACGACAGAGUUAUACAAAUGAUGGUAGACUCAGCCGUGCAAGUAGUUCGAGUUCCAGUGGAUGUCUAUCAGAUGGAGCACCAAGCAGUUGUGAAGUUGCUUUUGAAUGUGGCGAAUUUCCUACAGGUACAAUAAAACGUAAACCUUCAAUGAACCCUAAGUUGCCAUUAACUUCAAUCACAAGACAAUUAAAAGAAGUCGGUGAAACUGUACGAGAUGAACCAGAUUCUUGUCCAAGUCCUACUAGUUCAGGAUCUGGUACACUGACACGAAGACAUAGUCGUAGAAGAAGCGGCACUGAUUCUGAUGGCUCAGGAACUUUAAAAAGACAUCACAGAUCUGGAAAUGCUACCCCCGUUAGCCCUAUUCCUCCAGGUACUCCAGUCCGUGAGAGAGUCAGUCCUAUGAAUUUCACAAGAACAGAAAGCCAAGAACCUAAAACCCCAACUAGUCCAAUACCCACAUGUAUGAUGGACUCAAUUACCUCUUUACCACCUCCACCAUCACCUCCAAGAUUUACGGAAGAAAUAGAGUCUGAUGGUGAGCCUUUACCACCACCACCACCAGAAAUGUUCCGAUCAAAUCUAUCUUUGGAUUCAUUACCACCACCACCGGCUCCCGGUGAACUACCAAUUUGUGAUGCUACUGAUUUUUCUGGGUCAUCUCUCAGCCUAGUCUCAUUACCACCACCACCCAGUCCACUUGUUGGUGAAACCGGUACCAUUAGACGUGCCAGGCCUAAUAAACAACAAUCAACACCAACAAAUUCUACGUCACCUGAAUCCACCCCGACUCACACACCAACGCGGAACAACACGAAUCAAAUUUACGGAAUCAUUAACAACAAUAAUAAUAAUCCAACUACAAAUCAAAAUUGUAACUUUACUUCCCAAAAUAAUGGAUACGCACACAACCAUGUGUCCAAUAUGUCAGCACACGAUUCUUAUCCCGGAUCUAAUGCUAGUACACCAACUUUUACGCCAAGUUCACCAAAUUUUGCAACACCACCGCCAUUUGUACCACCUCCAGCUUAUGGUGCUCAACAACAGCAACAGCAACAACAACAACAACAGCAACAACAACAGCAGCAACAGCAACAAAAUAGUCUUCAACGGCAAAACUAUACAUCUGAUCAAAUUUACGGAACUUAUCCAGCUGCACAACAAUGUGGGCCAGCAAUAAGGCCUAAUCCAAAUAUGGAUACUAUAAGAAGAAGUGCUUUGAAACAAAAUUCUGGGCACUACGCUACUCCACCGUACCUUGCAGAACUUAAAGCUGCCGCUAGUCCACAACCACAAAGACGAGUAACUAUUCAAGAGCCUCCAAUUUCACCUAAAACUAAAAAUGGUAAUGGUAAAAAAAUAACAUUUAAUUUACCACCACAACAAGAACCAGGAAGUCCAGCAUUACCACAAAGAAAACCCAUGCCACCAAGAAGAUCUGAUAGUACACGACUGACUUCACCUAAAAAAUUGGCAGCUUCUGAUCAAGCACCACCCGGUGAUUUUCUAAAAGAUCUUCAGCGAGUUAUGAGAAAAAAAUGGCAAGUUGCACAAAAGUGUAAAUUAGAUUCAACGACAACACCACACGAAGUACUUGGAUUUCGUGAUCCUCCCCCAGCUAUUGCUGAUUACAGAGAAACAAAUGUCUCUAAUUGGGUACAAGAGCACUACGGUGCUGACAAUUUGUAUGAAAAUGUAUACACAAAUGAUCCAAAUGCUCCUGUUGAGUAUGCAUCAAGCCCAGCACGACAACCAACAGUUAGAUUUGCUGAUGAGAAUAUAAGUAUGAAUAUUGCUAAUGUAAUAGCAAGUAAACGACGGCCACCGCCACCACCACCAAAAAGAGCGGAAACUACUCAUCUAACUACACGAGCAAUGCACUGACAAUAGCAGAUAAUAAAGCCUCAUACCCAGAGGCGGCAACGAUGGUUCUCUUGUUUUUGCGAUUGGUGGAAACACUGAUUAAUCUUUAAGAUUUAUCGUCAUUAAAUAUGUACUUGCUAGGCUGUUACUGCUACUACAAUUACUACUAUUUCCCCAAUACAACAGCCAUUACAUAAUUUUAUUGGCUGAAUAUUUUUACGUCGCUAAAAACAAUACUCACUCAAUUGCCCACUCAUUUUGAAUUUUAAUUAUUCAUUGUCAUUUAGUACUGGAUACUAAUGAUAUCUAAAUAAAUAAUUACGGCUUGAAAUAAUAAUAAUUUUUUUUUUUUUUUUUUUUUUUUUUCAUUAAGCAACAAAACAACGACAGACCGCGCAAUAAAUUUUUGCUGAGAUUUACAUUAAGCAAUGGAAUAUCAUCGUAGUGUAGAAAAAAAAAUUAUAGAAAAAAUUUUGAAAAAAAAAUUGAAAAUAAAAAACAAAAAAAAAAAAAAUAAAUAAAUAAAUCCAACUGUCAUUUACAUAUAAGUAGACUUAGGAAAUACUGCAGCACACACUAAGGAUGUGAUAUAAAUUUUAAGCUCGCUUAAUUAGUAAAACACUGCGAUCAAUUUAUAUUAAUUUUUUAAUAAAUGUGCAACUAUAUACAAAUAUAUAACUCGCAAAAAAAAAUUAAAUAUAUAUGUAUACACACACGAGACUAUACGAAAUAUACGUACGUGCAAUUAAAUAAAUAAAAAUAAUUGACGAUUGAUAAAAAAAUGAUUUUUUUUAAGUAACAAGCGUCCAUGAGAAAUAUAAAUGUAAUAUGAAAUGCACAAACAAAUAUUGGACAUGUUACUUUUUUUUGCGUAUUUUGUUAAGCGUCGAUGAGAUAUUGACAAAUUUUUUUAUUUUUCUUUUUUAAUAAAGGUGCUUUAUGUAAGACAUUUUAUCAGUAAAGUUUAACUAUAACAAUUGGAUAAACAUAAUUAACUUAAUACAUGUAUAGUUGAGGUAUAAAAUUAAGUAUGUCAUUUUAUAGAUAUAAUAAACGCGAUUAUCAAAUAAUAUAUAGAUGAACCUCAGUGUGUGAUUAAAUAAAUUUUGUUAAUUAUUAUUAUUAUUUUUUUUUUAUUUCUACAUAUUUAAUAUCGCGUUAAUAAAAUUUAUAAUUUAAACUUUUGCACGACUUUUUCAUAACUGAGAUCUCGUUAAUGCCAUUUUUUGAUAAUGAUAUACACGAAAAGUAAUAUUAAUAAUAAUUAUAAUAAUAAUAGUAAUAAUAACAAUAAUAAUAAUAUCAUCCUGGCUACCGUGUCAGACUUGUCGUUCUAAUUGUUGGUGUCCUUGGAGGGAUGAAAGUCUUUUGUAUCUGUAUUAGCUAGGACACCAACUUGUUCAUCGCAAGUUAAGUUUCUGGUAUCGCGGAUGCAGAAGGCUGCUACCCUCAGAUUUCUCCGUCUACUUAGACAACAGAACUUGGCUUGCUACCCUUGCUAACCAUCUUGUUGAUGGAGCAGCGCAGUAGUAACGGAUGACGCUCAGGAGCGGCCCUCAGUAGAGUCGGACUACCAGGGGAGACCCCCUGAGCAUUUAAACAAACAAAAUAAUAAUAAUAAUAAUAAUAAUAAUUAAUAAUAAUAAUGAUAAUAACAAUAAAUGCAAUUAUUUCGUGUUUUAUAAGCCAUUAAUAAUAUGUUUAUUAAUUCCCAUUAAAAAUAAUUAAAUUGGGAUUUUUUAGAUUUGUAAUUAUAUAUCUACUGUAUUUUUAUUGUGGUAUAAAUUUACUACGAAAUGUUGCGCGGUGGAAUUUUUUUGCGCAUGUUUAAUAAGUUGUUGGUAAUGAAAAAGAAAAAAAAAACCAUAAAUUGACUAACAAUUCUUUGGUAUGAAAUUUUUUUCCGAUGUAAAAAAUAAAAGUUAAUGAUAAAGUUCUUUAAGUUUUCUCACAUAUGAACAUUUGACUUAUGAGUUGACGAUUAUCAACUUAGAUAUGAAAAUUUUACCUUCAGCUUACCAUAGUAAUGGCGCGAAAAUAUAGAAAUUUAAAAACUAAAACAAUUUUCUGUUUUUACUACUUAUCACUAAAAAGAAUUGAAAUCUUCAUAUGAAAACGUUGACAUCCGUAGAACAUUCAAUUUUUUUAAUUUAAUAGAAACUGAUGAUUUAUUUUUUUUUUACCAUUUCUGAUUUUUCUAGCGAGGACUAGAAAAAAAAAUAAUAUAUUUCAAAGCAUAUUCUAAAUUCGAUUGUUAUAUGAUUCGUUAUACUAUGGGCAAAUUACUCUGAUAAAAUAUUCAUAAAAAAAUUAAUAUCAGAGUUGAUAAUAGUCUCACGAGCUCAAUGUGUAUGUACGAGUUCCUAAAGAAUAAAUCGCAAGAUUUUAUUUUUUACGAGGGUAAUUGAAAGAUAAAUAAUAAUAAAAAGUUAUUAAGAAAAAAUGUUUUUUUUUCUUGUAUUUAAAGAAGCUGAAAGUCAAAAAAAAAAUAAUAUACAAAGACAAAGUAACAAUUUCACAUGAAAUCAUAUCUAUUAAAAAAUAGUAGUAUAUAUAAUAAAUGAUAUUUAUAAUUAUUAUUUGUUAUAUAUGGUAAAAUAUGCAAGAACCAAUUGUAACUUUUUGAGCCUUAUUGCAAGCUGACAUCCCCAAUUUUAUAAUCGAUUAAAAUUUUUAUAACAAUUAUUAUUAUAAACAAAUAAAAAAAAAAAUAUAAAAUAAAAUACUUAAAGAACGAAACAAUUAAAGAAAAAAAAAGUGAUUUUGUAUCUGAAUAAUAAAAUAAUAGCCUGUAAAUAUAUCAGGCUUUUUUUUUAAAGUAGAUAGCUUCUUCUCAAUUAGAUAACUUUGUCGCCGCUAAUUCGUAAUAUUAGCAAAGUUGACCACGGUUGGAUGUUACGGGUUAAUUUAACUUUUUUUUUCCUUCAUUCGCAUUUUUUAUGUUAAUUUCUGAUAAUUAUUUAUGAGCUUAAAUAUCAUGUGUAUUAUAUUAAAAUUAUUUAUAUAUUAACAAUCAGAAAUUGUAAGGAAUUAUUAAUUAAUUAUUACUUUGAAUAAUCAGUUUGAAUUUCGUUAAUACAAAAAAAAAAAUUAUUAUUUUUAGUUUAAGAAAAUAAAGGAAAGAAAAACAAUUUUCAGCACAUAGAUAAAUUGUAAAAAAAAUAUUGCUCCUAAGUGGGACUUAAAUUUAGUAUAAUUGGCAGUCAUUAAAUGAUUAUAAAAAAAGAAAUGAAUAAUAAUUAUUAUACUAAUAACAAACGACAUAUUUUUAUUAUUGAACGUUUAAUGUUUGAUCUUUUUAAGUUGUAUGUAUGUUUAUGUAAAUAUUGUAAUGAAUGGUAUUACGAAAGAAAUAAAUCCAAUGGAU